GCCAUCUCCCCACCACGCGCGUACAAAUCUCUCUCCACGUCUCUCUCUCUCUCUCUUUCUCUCCACUUGAAAAUAGAAACAAAACAAAAACAAUUGCGAUCCAUCCAGCAACACUGAUAUGUCGAAACCAUGGGGUAAAAUCGGGGCUUGGGCGGCUGAAGCCGAGCAAGCCGAGCUCGAAGAGAAGCAGCAACAAGCCGCCGAAGCUGCCGCCGCCGCCAGCCGCGACUCUCAAAGCUACCCUUCGUUGAGAGAGACGGUUAAUUCGAAGCCGAAGAAGAAGAAUAAGAUGAGUUUGCAGCAGUUCACUCUUUCCACCGGGUCGAGUCGGGUCGGGUUGACUCCGGAUGAGAUGCUCCAGCUUCCCAAGGGUCCGCAAGAGCGGUCGGGUGAGUUUCAGUCAGGCCGGUUCGGUUCGUUUGGUCGGGCGGGUGGGUCCCACAGGGAUGAUCGGAGGUUUGAUGAUGAUGGGAGGAGGGCGGGGACGGUUACGAGGAUUUCGGAUUAUGAUCAGCCGUCUAGGGCGGAUGGAGUUGAUAAUUGGGCAAUGUCGAAGAGGGCGGUGGUGAAUUUGGGUGAUAGGGGGAGUCGGAAUGAGGGGUUUUCGAGGGGGAGUGGCAGUGAGGGGGUUUCGAGGGCAGAUGAGGCUGGGAAUUGGGGAACGGGGAAGAAAGUGGCGAAUGUGUUUGAUGGGGGGAAUAGGACUAGUACUAGUAGGCAUGGUGCGUUGGGUUCGGGUGGUGGGACUGAUGGGGUUUCGAGGGCUGAUGAGGUGGAUAAUUGGGCUGUUGGGAAGAAACAGCAGGUAUUAGCUGCGGGGCCAGUGAGGUCGUCGGGGUUUAGUGGUUCUGGUCCUGAUCGAUGGACACGUGGAGGAGGAAAUGGGUUGGGUGGUGAGGAACGGACGAAAAUGGUGUUUGAUAAGCCGAGGACUGAUAGGGUUGUGAACGAGAGUAGUGUUAGUAAGGGAGAGGGGAAUAGACCAAAUCCGUUUGGAGCAGCUAGGCCUAGGGAAGAAGUGUUGUCUGAGAAGGGAUUGGAUUGGAGAGAAGUGGAUAUGGAAAUUGAAGCAAAGAAAAGUAGCGGUAGUAGACCUAGUAGUGGACAAUCUAAUAGGCCUGGUAGUUCGCAGUCUGAGCCUGCUGAGGGAGGUUCAUCAUUGCCGCAGGGUGUGAUGAAACCAAAAGUGAACCCGUUUGGUGAUGCUAAGCCUAGGGAGCUUUUGCUUGAAGAGAAAGGGUUGGAUUGGAAGAAGAUUGAUUUGGACUUGGAGCGACGACGUGUAGACAGGCCUGAGACAGAGAUGGAAGUGAAUUUGAAAAUUGAAAUAGACCAUCUGAGAAGGGAAAUUGAAAAAGAAUCCACUUCAAAUGUUAACAGGGAUUCUCAACAAGUAUCUAGCCAGGAGCAAACAAAUAUGCAUGAUAGGCUACUUCAGAAAGAGAGAGAGUUGGAGCAGAUUGCCCGUGAACUAGAUGACAAAGUUCGUUUUGUUCAGAAACCCAUAGAAAGGCCAGGGUCUGGAUCAGGGAGGGGUUCUGCCAUUUUCGAGAGACCACCUUCUCGUUCAGGUUCAUAUGAAGACUCCAGAAACACGAAAUUUAUGCAGAGGCCUCGCUCACGUGGCACUGGAGAUCGUUCAGGAUCAUUUGAGGACUUCAGAAACACGGAAUAUGUGCAGAGGCCUCACUCACGUGGCACUGGAGAUCUGUUGCCAAGGCAGCGAGAUGAAAGACGAGGUUUUCAAGGUGGCAAAGGAUUUUUGGGGAGUAGAAAUGUUGACAGGUCAAGCGAGAGAUGGUGAAGUUUGAAUUUUGUGGAUUCUUUGACUUUUGUAUUGACAGACUUGGACCGGAAUAAUAUUUUUGUGACCACAUCAAUUCUUGCUCCUGAUUCAUAUAUGUAAAAGGAAGGGGGCUAUGAUAGUAUUUUGUAUGGCUUCAAGAACUCAAGCUAAUGUAUAUGUUGAAUCUUGGAAGGGAGUGUAAUAUUUGCAUUAGCCUUGACUUAUCUCCUUUUUCUUUUGUUUAGUUUCAUCUUUUAUAGUUGUAGGUGCAACAGAAUUAGGAUAUGUGUUAUUCAUUGUGAAGCUAAUUUCGAUGAAAUUUCUGAUUUUCGUUUUAACAUUUUUACUUUCACAGUUUCAUAUUCC